AUGAUCAGCCCAAAGACAGCAGUGGCCAUUGCGGCGGCCUUCUUGCCCUUCGUGUAUUCGAAGGAGAUGGCCGUCAAUACACAGCUAAAGGCAGCUCUUUAUGACAGUGGCUUGCGGAUGGAGGAAAUCAUGGCGCGGAAACAUGCAACAUGGGCGAAGAUGGAGCAGGAGGGAGCCUUCAACUCGACGCAGUACAAAACCUUCCAUGCGGCUGACGGCCCAUUUGCAUGCACAAAUGGCAUCGCAACCUACGAUCCCGGAAACCCCAAAUACACCUUCAGGUGCAAGAACCUCGAUCUCUAUGAUUUCAAAACCCACUCUCAGCUGGGGAGCCUGGGAAGGGGCUCAGGGUCUUGGGGCUGGACGAGUCCCGAUGGCCGGGAAUUCGUCGCCAUUGGGCAGGAGGAUGGGACUGCCUUUGCCGAAAUAUCCCCACAGGGCAAGCUUGUCUACCUUGGCCGCCUGCCGCAGUAUUCCAGCGUGUCUCUGUGGCGUGAGAUCAAGGGGUACAAAAGCUACAUCCUCAUUGGCAGCGAGGCUCAGGGGCACGGUGUGCAGAUCUUCGACAUGAGCAAGCUUUUGGAUGUCGACCCGGCAAAGCCUGUUGUCUUCAGCAACCAGAAGGAUCUUACCGGCUUUUGGACUGAAGGGCUUCCUCUCGGCCGCUCUCACAAUGUUGUCACCAACGAGGAGCGGAACUAUGGUGUGGCAACGGGGUUCCAACCCAGGAAUGGCACCCUCCGGGCAGGUCUUUUGUUCUUCGACCUCACCGACCCUUCAAAGCCUAAAACUCUCGGAGGCAGUGGCGCUGAUGGCUACGUCCAUGAUGCCCAAUGCCUCGUCUACAGGGGCCCUGAUGAGAAAUACAACGGCCGUGAUAUUUGCUACGGCUAUGAUGAAGAUUCCCUGACCAUCUUCGACGUCACCGACAAAUCCAAUGUCAAGAUAAUCUCUAAUACAUCCUACGAAGGAUUUGCAUACACCCACCAAGGCUGGGUGUACGAUCCGCAAUGGCAGCAGUAUCUCAUCGCCGACGACGAAUACGACGAAGUGGACGGGACCGGCGCCGCUGCCGACGGCUAUCCGAUCUCGUACAUCUGGGACAUCACCUCUCUUGAAAACCCAAAACAAACUGGACAUUACAAGGGGCUUAGGAAGGGAAUCGAUCACAAUCAGUACGUCAAGGACGGCUUCAGCUACCAGAGCAACUACGGCUUGGGCCUCAGCAUCCUGGAUCUCCGCUCAAUCCCCUCGGACCCCACAGGGAAGGGUGUCAAGGAAGUGGCGUAUUUUGACAUUCACCCCGAGGAUGACCACUUGCCGGGUGGUGGUGAAGUCGAGUUUACGGGGACUUGGAGUAACUAUCCGUUUUUCCCUAGUGGAUACAUCAUGAUCAAUACUAUCGAAAGAGGCGUGUUUGUGGUGAAACAAUCUCAGCCUGAGUAA